UCAACAUGGCGUCUGCCUGUGCCCUGGAAUGGGUACCAGAUUCCUUAUACAACACAGCAGUUUCAGCCAUUGUAGCUUCAUAUUACCGGUACAAAAGGGACAUAAAGGCAUUACCAGAGAAUGUCCAGUUUGAUAUUUACUACAAGCUGUACAACAAAGGCCAACUUUGUCAGUUAGGACUGGAUUUUUCAGAACUAGACACAUUUUCAAAGGUGCUGAAGAUAGUAGAUAAAAGACAUUUGCUGCACCACAGUUUUCAGGCAUUAAUGGACCAUGGUGUGCGGGUGUCAGACAUUCUUGCCGAUGCAUUCACGGUUCAGUUAAUGCCAGCCUCCUGUCCGGACGCAAUCUCUAGAGACAGAGCUAUUCAAUUUGGUCUAUCCCUUGGCAGCUUUUUGAGUGAUGCUGGCUGGUUUUAUGCAAGCGAGAAAGUAUUUAAGGGUUGUCUCCUCUUGUGUCAGAUGGAUGAUGUCACGUCUAGUCUCCUUAAAGCCUUGGACUGUAGUGUAAGGUUGCUGCAUGUGCAGAAUGCUAACUGUAAAUAUAAGGAGGCCGAGAUUACUCGGUCGGUGGCAUGUCAAUGUCUGGAAAUCCUGGAGGAACGAAACGUCCCGGUCAACACAUCAUCAUUUCAUACUGAGUGCUGUGCUCUGCUUUUUGCGGAAAGUCUAUAUGAUGAGGCAAUCAAAUAUUGUAGCAGAGCUGUUAAGGGACUUUCUGCAUUAUUACCUCACAAGACAGUGGUAGAUGUAUUACGACAGUGUUCAAAGGCAUGUGUAGUCAAAAGAGAAUUCAGUAAAGCCGAAACACUUAUCAAGCAUGCAGUGCACUAUGCCAGGUCAAUGUUUGGAGGACAGCAUCCGAAAUAUUCAGACGCACUCCUGGACUACGGUUUCUACCUUUUAAAUGUCGACUCCAUCACAGCAGCAGUACAAGUUUAUCAGAUGGCCCUAGAUAUUCGGCAGUCUGUGUUCGGUGGAAAUAACCUGUAUGUAGCUAUCGCCCACGAAGACCUGGCCUAUGCCUCCUAUGUACAGGAGUACAGCUCAGGCAACUUUAAAAAUGCAAGAGAUCAUGCGGACAAAGCCAUAGAAAUUCUCGGCCACAUUUUACCACAGGAUCAUUUAUUGUUAUCAUCAUCCAAACGUGUAAAAGCCCUUAUCCUGGAGGAGAUUGCUAUUGACAGCCAUGACAAGGAGGAGGAAAACCGGAUGUUAUUGGAAUCUCAGGACCUUCACCUCCAAUCUCUUGCCCUGGCAAAGGCUGCAUUUGGGGAAAACAAUGUCCAGACAGCCAAACACUAUGGGAACCUGGGCCGCUUGUACCAGUCCAUGAGGAGAUACGAUGAAGCACAGGAAAUGCAUUUAAAAGCCAUAGAGAUCAAGGAGAGACUGCUUGGUACUGACGAUUACGAGGUUGCUCUGUCCGUAGGACAUCUAGCCUCUCUCUAUAAUUACGACAUGCGGAAAUUUGACGAGGCAGAAAAGCUAUAUCUACGAUCUAUAGCAAUAGGCAAGAAAUUAUUUGGUGAAGGGUACAGUGGUUUGGAGUACGAUUAUCGUGGCCUACUGAGGCUCUAUAGGACUACAUACAAUCACAGUAUGGCCGAUAUGUAUGCUAAUAUCCUCCAGCAGUGGAAUCAAAUCCGGGAUCGGAACAAUGCAGAGGAAGUGAGACCUCUUGAUUUCCAGGUGUUUGACAAUUUACAAGAUCUUGUGCAGGAUUGUGUAGCAAAAAUGAACUGAAUUGCUUUUAUUUGCUGGCCUAUUUUCAGGUUAUGUCAUAAAAGUUAAUUCAACAACACAUUGUUCAGGAUUGUGUGAGGAAAAUUGGAUGUGUUCAUGUUUGCACUGCCCAAUGCUCAGCUGGUAUUGCAACAGUGAAAAUCACAAGACUUUGUGGUAGCUGAUAUUGACGGAGAAUGUGUUUCAUCAACCAAUUUUAAGAAAGCUGCCUGUGUAGUUGGACGAUGUUUCUGAGAACAGCCUACAUGACAUCUUGAUUUUAUAGGAAAAACAAAGUGAUUUAUCGUUUGUUUUAUAAAUAUCCAUGUGAUUGUAAAAAUAUCACAACCAUAAUAAGGCUGUGAGCUCAUGUGGUACCCUCUUACUUUAUCAUAUGAGGAGAAAA